UGCUGGUGGUGCGUGUAACAGCUACUCAACUAGUUUCCUCUUCUACUAAUUGCACGGGGUUCAUUUCUUGCAUAUAUUUUUUAUAUCAGUUUGCUUAGUUCAUAUUUGAGGUCAGACUGCACAAUUUUCGAGUGAUUAUUUUGAAGUGUUUCUUUGGAAAAUAUAUAACUCAUAUUUUGGAUAUAGGCAGUAAGCAGCAUGAGCUCUGGGUUUUCAUGUAAGGUCCCCGAUGGCGUAGUCCAAACCUGCUACGAAUAUGAAGGAGUCAUAAUGCCGAACAUAAUGCCAUCGGAGGCGAUGAAACGCGUGAGGAAGCUAGCGUGCAGGCCCGAUGACAUGUUCAUUGUGACCUAUCCCAAGUCAGGUACAACUUGGGCAGAGCAGCUGGUUCUGUUGAUCGAACGUGACGGGGACAUCACUAAGUUAGAAGGCAAACAUGUUACGCAGAUGAUCGUGUUCCUUGAGAUUAUAAAUGAAUAUAACACAUCGCCGACAGCUACAAACUUGCGGAUCGAUGAAGUUGAGAUUAUGACGUCACCAAGGACGAUGAAGACUCACUGCGAAGAUGCUUUCUUACCUCUCGAUAUUAGCAAUGAUGAUCCAAAAGCAAAAGUACUCUACAUAGCCCGGAACCCGAAGGAUACGGCCGUUUCCUACUAUUACUUUUGUAACUUCCUUAAAGAGCUUCCCACUUACGAAUCCUGGGAUGUCUACUUUGAGGAAUUUCUUGCUGGCAGAGCUCCUCAAGGAUCGUGGUUUAAUAACGUGUUGCCAUGGUGGAAGAGAAGGAAUCAUCCAAACGUUCUCUUUCUCAAGUACGAGGAUAUGAAGAAGGAUCUUCCCAGUGCAGUGAGACAGAUUGCUGAAUUCAUGGGAAAGUCCCUUUCAGAUGACGUCAUCGAAAAGAUAUCGAAAGCGUCGACGUUCAAGGCAAUGAAGAAGAACCCUGCAUCGAAUCCUGAUAGUCUAAUACCGAAGGACAGACAGAAGAGUAAAGACUCCUUUAUGCGAAAAGGCAUCAUCGGAGAUUGGAAGAACUGUUUCACUGAGGAGCAGAACAAGAGAUUUGAUGAGCUGUACGAAAAGGAGCUGGCAGGCACCGGGCUUGAGUUAACCUUCGAGUAGUUUUGAUGUAUCAUCUUCGAGUUAUUAUCCUGAAACUCAUUUCUCUAAAGUCCAUCGCACAUUGUGACUACGACCCGAUUUCGGAAUAAUUUGCGAUACCAUUUUAAAUGAAUAUUCAAAUAUGUAAAAUGUUGACGAUCGAGGUUCUGAAUUGUCAUAUCAUAAUGUACAAAUUGAUAUUUUUUGGGGAAAAUGCGCUUACUCUUGUAGAAGGGAAAGCCAUAUCGGCUCUGAAUCGUUGUGACGUCAGACCAGUGGUGUCAUAGUCUACGAUUUGAAGCCGAUUUGACAUUUACUCAGACCAUCAGGCUUACAACUCACGAAGUUUCAAUUUCAAUUAUAUAUAUACCAUUAUUGAGAACCUAAGUCAAGAAGAUUAUACUUGUUUAAAAUUCCAUAUGUAAUGUAAUUGCGAUUUAUAAGAAAAUCGUAUUUCAGUCAAAUCGUAUGGUCAAUAUUAUAUAAUGAAUUCACUUUUCUCUAUCAACCUUUGUCAGAGGGGCUGAAGUAAAUAUUGGAUAUUUGGAAAAUAAUGUUAUAUUACGUCUUAUAUAAAUAUAAAGAGAUUCUACUCAGUAAUUUUAUACAAUUGA